AUGGAUAUUGGCAAGGCUGUUCUCGAUACACUGACACAGUGCUUAUCAAGUGAUUCCAACACUCUUCGUGUAGGCGAGGAAACUCUUCAACAACUUGCAGCCCACCCAAGUUAUGCACAAGCUCUUCUUCAAUGCUCUCUUUCGCAUGAACUGCCAGUUGGACAACGACAGAUAUCCUUUUCUGCACUUACGUUGAAAUCCUAUGUUGAUACUCACUGGUCUUCUAAAUGCGAACGAUUUACUGGUCCUGAGCCACCAGAAGAGGUCAAGUCCUGGAUUAUGGCCAAUAUUUUGCGUGGUCUGUCCGAGCCCUUGAACAGUAUCCGGGUUGCCAUUGCGUAUGCAGUGUCCAAGAUUGCACAUAUUGACUGGCCAGAGGCAUGGCCAAAUUUCUUUGAUGAUCUCAUGUCACAUUUAAAAAGUGGCGAACCCAGCCAAGUUCAUGGAGCAAUGCGUGUUCUUGCAGAAUUUGUUCGAGACGAUAUUACAGACCAACAGUUUCCAGCCGUUGCACCCAUUCUUCUUCCAGAAUUGUACUCGAUAUUUUCAUCGCCAGAUCGCUUCAACUCUCAUAUUCGAGCCAAGUCUGUUGCCAUUUUACGCGAUUUUAUUGAAAUGAUUUUUAUGGUCAAGGAGGAGCAUCCUGAAGUUGUUCCCAACUAUCUUGAUCCUUUACUUACCAUGUGGAUUGAUGGAUUUAAAACUGCAUUGGCUGAAGACUACUCUGUUGAAAAUAUUCCCAUCAAAAAUGAUGUGCUGCGGGCAGUGGUAAAAAUCACUCGCGGGUUUCCCAAACAGGCUAGUCAUCAUUUGCGACCUCUGAUGGAGCUUGUUUGGAUGGAUCUAUGUCGUUUUUCCGACAGAUACGAAUGCGAUUUUGUUGCUCCAGCGAUCGACGGAUUUGCCGGUCAUGAUAAUGCUGAAAUUGACUCGGACGGCGAAAAUCUUGGUUUAGAGCCAAUUCUGCUGUCGCUGUUUGAGUUUACUCAGAUGGCUAUUAAAAAGAAAGCAUUCAGCAACAUGUUCUUAAAUGCUACCGCCCCGUCGUCUGCCACUCGCGAACAACAGCCCACACUUAUUCAGUUUAUUCAUGUGUGUCUGAAAUACAUGCGCAUUACAACUGAGAUGGAACUGAAUUGGAUCAAGGACAUGAACCAAUACAUACAGGACGAUGGAGAUGAUAGCUUGAUAUUUAACGUGCGUACCGCUGUGGAAGAGAUCUUGACAACGCUGUUAGACACCUACCAUGUAGACACAUUGAAUGCACUCUGUCAUUGCACAACAGAAAUGUUCCAACUGAGUGGUCAGUUGCGUGAUCAGGGAGUUUUGCUUUGGUGGAAGAAUACUGAAGCCGCGCUGCUUGCACUUGGACGUGCUCAACCUGAACUUGUGGACGCUAUGCAAACUGGUCAGAUUCAGUAUGAUAUUGGCGGCCUAUUUGAUCAUAUUGUACUAAGCUCGUUAAAAUCGUUUGAUCAUCCCCUUCUUCAAGGUCGGGCACUUUGGUUUGCAAGCCAAUUUGCUCAUGUACUUCCUCAGCACCUUACAAAAGAGUAUAUUCAAGGUGCUGUGAGUGCCAUUCAGCAUGAUAGUGUAGAUUUUGCAAUGCGUGUAUGUGCAUUAAAGGCAAUUAAGUGCUUCUGUGAAACUGAUGCCAAAAUAGAACUUCGAUCUCAUCAAGCCGAUAUUCUUGUUGGCAUUGCUGCGCUUGCACCAAAUGCAACAAGUGAUUCCUUGCUGCUGUUGCUUGAAACGCUGGUAUAUGUUAUCAAGAUUGAUCAAACUGUCACUGAUGAGCACGAGUCUCUCAUCAGCACUUUGCUUUUAAACGUAUUAAACCGUGGUCUUACAGAUUUUGUAGUAGUAGAUACGAUUCAAGAUAUUAUUGCCGUUAUGGCAACUAGCAAAAAUACGACAUUUCAAGAGCGUAUGCUACCUUAUUUUGCCAAGUGUAUCAAUACCGAAACAUUGCAACAAUCACCAGAAACGGUUACGUCCAUUUUACUGUUUGUGGAGACAAUGAUCAAAAAAGCUCCUGAGCCGUUUUCUCCUGCCUAUGUUCGCGAACUGCUUCCUAGGGUUUUUAGCGUGACUGCAGUUUCUCACGAUAGCGCUUUGCUUCAAAACAGUGAAGGUGUUAUCAAGGCUUUGGUUCAUCGCGAUUUCUCCAGCAUUACUGCAUGGUCGAAUGGAAACAUGACUGGACUCGAAUGUAUUAUUCGAUUUAUUGCUCAACUGCUAGAUCCUUCACAGUCAGAAUCAGCUGCAAUGUUUGUGGGUGAUUUGGUUACCAAACUCAUUCAAAAGGGACAUGCUAUACUUGCUCCAGUUUUACCAGAGCUCCUUCACUCUGUCGUGUGUCGUCUCGAAUCAGCACGGCGACCCACAUUUAUACAAACACUUGUGCUAGUGUUUGCUCAUCUAAUUCAAAAUCAAAUGGAUGUGGUGAUUUCCUUUUUGUCAGAGUCUGUAGUGAAUAACAAGGAUGGAUUGUCCAUUCUACUGAAUGCAUGGUGUGACAAUUUCCAGGACUUUCAUGGUGUCUUUGCCAACAAAACUAGCUGUACCGCCUUGGCUAAAAUGCUUUCCAAUCCAAGCCCACUGCUGGAUAAGAUCCAAGUUCGUGGCGAUCUGAUUGUACCCUCUGAAACUAAGAUUAUCACUCGCUCUAUCUCCAAGCUAACUCCAGACAAGUAUGCGUACGUGUCGUUUAGAUGCAGAGCCUUGCAACUUCUUCUUAAAGAGCAUCUUCAUCAGAUUCACUCUAAAGCCCGCUCUGCUAAAACUACACUUCAGCCUUCCAAUCAUCAUGCCCUAGAUGAGACUAUUGAUUCUGAUGGCAUCGAGGAAGAUGACUGGGAAGAUGAAGAUGACGAGCUAAAUGUGCCCUUUGAUUUUAAUCAGCUGAACAGUUUUAUAUAUGAUGACGAGGAUGAUCAAGAUCGGGAUGUAGCAGAAGAUGCAGACAUACAGGCAGAUCCGGUCUACCACAUUGAUGUGAAGUCAUUUAUUGAGACGUUUAUGCGUGAUGCAGCUGCUCAUAAUGCAGCUGCACUUUCAACUCUUGCUGAAUCUCUAGACAAAUCCUCCAAAGAACAGCUCCAAGCCAUUCUAUCACAAACAUGAUAGACUUCAGUUUUCUUUCCCACAAACCAUAUCAUAGUUGUGAUCUUGACGCAUCAAUUGCCAAUAACUUUAUAAAACUCAAUAAAAAUAUCGCUUGAUGUAA